UUCAUUUCUGCCAUUAUAUGCAGAUGGAUCCUAGUGUCAUAAAUUAAUAAGACAUCUUCUUAUCUGGUUCCGAGUGUCAACUCAUCAUAAUAAGACGAACACCCAAGAAGAAACACCUGUGAGAGCUGGAGGUUACCAGUAUAACAAUGUCUCUGCGGGCGCUAUUAGUCCUCACAUUCACCGUCAUCUCUGUGGCCCAGUUGGCUGAUGCCCAGUGCACCGUGCAGCCGAAAGAGAGGAAAGACUGCGGCCAACCGGGCAUAACCAUGGAGAGUUGUGUGGGGAGCGGAUGCUGCUUUGACUCAAGUAUCAAUGGAGCUAUUUGGUGUUACUUUCCCCAGCCGUCUUCAACGACCGAAACUGGGACCCAAAGGACAACAUCUGUACACCCAGGAAAUGGAACGAUGAACGCUUCACAUGCUGGUGACAUAGGAAUGGCAGAAAAGCCUUUGACCACUACUGGCUCAGUGAAUACCACUAACCAGACCACCCCAUAUGGAAACGUUGGCAUAGGAAUGGCAGAAGAGCCUCUGUCCGAAAAGCCCCCAAUGAACACCACCCUAUCAAGCAGCGUUGGACCUCUCUGGAGUCACCCCAGUUACAUCUGUCUAAUAUCUGUAUUACUUACUACGAUUGCUUCCAUGUCUGAUAUAUAAAUAUAGCAGAAUACAUAAGAGGUAAAGGUAAUAUAAUAAUACCAGACAUACUCAUCUACAGAAACGUUCCCUUAAACCCCUUGAAGGAGUUAGAAUGACCAAAAAGAUGUGAUAAUCACUGAUCGCCCCGAUCCUGUUUCAAUACUUUCUGUCCCCACUUCCUGUUCCCUUUCGACACACAGGAAAUGACCUUUCAGCCAAUCGCUGGCUGUGACUGGUCACUGGUGCAACGGUUGAUUGGCUGAGCAGUCAUUUCCUGCGUGUCAAGAGGGAUCAGGAAAUGGAGACCAGUGGAGAACUGGAAACUGUGGGAACAGGAGCUGUGGGAGAUCAUUGAAUAUCACAAUUUAAAACCUUUCUGAUUUUCUACUGGCUGGACAACCCCUCCACACACAAAGGCUACUUUCACACUAGCGUUUUUCCAUGAUCCGGCAGGGAUCAGCGAAGACGCAUCCAUUAUCGAUAAUACAACCGGCUGCAUUAGUUAUGAACGGAUCCGGUUGUAUUAUCUUUACAAUAGCCAAGACGGAUCCGGCAUCAAAACCAUUGGAAGUCAAUGGGGGGCGGAUCCGUUUUCUAUUGUGUCCAAGAUAAAACGGAAGAGUUUUCCUCCGGUAUUCAGAUCCUGUGCCGGAUCUCAAUACCGGAAAAGAGAAACACAUAUGUGAUAGGGGCUAAUCAUUUUUUUCUUUCACUGGUACAUGCAAAUUACUGUGUAAUUUAUGUCAAUUUUUGUGGUGUGAGAACAGGAAGCAGCAGUUUCUGACAUUGUUUUUUUUUUUUCCUUUGUUUUUUGCACCUUUCCCUUUUUACACUGAUUACCCUAAUAAAUGAAUUAUCCCGGU